CAUACCUGUGACGGCACCUUUGCCAGCCUCCUGUCGGCUAUACUUUCACUAAGAAAAGAGGAAGUCGUUAUGUGCCAUUUCCUUAUGCUUUGCUGGUUUUUCCCACAUGCCUCCAAUAAAUAGUAGCCGAGUGGGGAUAAUGGCAAGUAAACGCAAAGCAGAAGCAGUGAGUGAGAAGACAGCGACAGAGAAUGGACGUGACACAGAUCAUCAUAUUCGGCCUUUUCUUCCUGGUGCCCGUGCUGAUGCAGCCGUGCUAUGAUGAGGACAAGCUCAGUGACGCAGCGGAGCGCAAGCUGAGGAAUCACUACCCGCAGCCUGCGGAACCUGCGGCUGCGCCGGACUCACCUGUCUCACCUGCCUCCUGCCCGGUGGAGAUGUUCCGCCAGCCGCCGUCUAAAGAAUACAAAGACCGGUCCCUGUCCCCCUGGAGAUACAUACGUGUCACGAAGGCGGAUCACUUUCCUUCCACCUAUGUCGAGGCUCAGUGCCUGUGUACGGGAUGCAUCCUGAUCCAGGACAACAAUCACCCGGUGGAGAGCCACAACUACAACUCAGUACGCAUAAUGCAAAGCAGGGUGUUCCUCAAGAAGGAGCUCUGCAAUAACAACACUGAGGGAAAGAAAUAUCAUCUGAAGCCAGUCACUGUGGAAGUAGCUGUGGGCUGUACCUGCGUCAGGACUCAGACCAUUACCUCCUCCUAGAAGUGAUCCAACCAGACCUGCUGUCACAUUGGCACACAGUUCACGUUGUGUUUGUUUUAAAAUGCACUAAGUUCUCUGGAUAGUC